AUGACACCCGAGGUCGGGGCCAUUGGUCCGGCUUGGACCAGAGGAGAAAUUGAGAAGCCGGCCGGUACCAAGGACAUGGGUGGCUGGACUGCAGGAGCCGCGACCUCAGCUUCCCCCUUGAAUCGAUGCUGCUUGAUCUCCUUCCUGUCUCCUUCUGGCCAUCAGGUGUACACGGCAGAGCAGCAAGCUCGCCUAGGCCCUCGGGCGGAAAGGCCAGAGCAAGCUUCCUUUCAAGAAAGUCCCAAAGUCUUCACAGCACCCUCCCUGAGUCUUCGUGCCGCCUGGCGCAGGUGUGGACGAGUCCGGCAAGCCGAAGGUGAGCGACUGCGGCAGUUGAAAGAUCUGUUUGCAAAGCUGGGUGUUCAGCGCCCGUUCGUCUGCAAUUCACAGGCUGCAGCUCCGGUGGCUUCGCCAGUCGGAGUGCCGAAGGUCCGCGUCGGGGCCAUUGGUCCGGCUUGGACCAGAGGAGAAAUUGAGAAGCCGGCCGGUACCAAGGACAUGGGUGGCUGGACUGCAGGAGUGUACACGGCAGAGCAGCAAGCUCGCCUAGGUGUGGACGAGUCCGGCAAGCCGAAGGCUGCAGCUCCGGUGGCUUCGCCAGUCGGAGUGCCGAAGGUCGGGGCCAUUGGUCCGGCUUGGACCAGAGGAGAAAUUGAGAAGCCGGCCGGUACCAAGGACAUGGGUGGCUGGACUGCAGGAGUGUACACGGCAGAGCAGCAAGCUCGCCUAGGUGUGGACGAGUCCGGCAAGCCGAAGGCUGCAGCUCCGGUGGCUUCGCCAGUCGGAGUGCCGAAGGUCGGGGCCAUUGGUCCGGCUUGGACCAGAGGAGAAAUUGAGAAGCCGGCCGGUACCAAGGACAUGGGUGGCUGGACUGCAGGGGUGUACACGGCAGAGCAGCAAGCUCGCCUAGGCGUGGACGAGUCCGGCAAGCCGAAGGCUGCAGCUCCGGUGGCUUCGCCAGUCGGAGUGCCGAAGGUCGGGGCCAUUGGUCCGGCUUGGACCAGAGGAGAAAUUGAGAAGCCGGCCGGUACCAAGGACAUGGGUGGCUGGACUGCAGGAGUGUACACGGCAGAGCAGCAAGCUCGCCUAGGUGUGGACGAGUCCGGCAAGCCGAAGGCUGCAGCUCCGGUUGCAAAGGCUGCCCUGCCACCUCCUGUUUCCUCGCCGCAACCUUUGACAGCGGAGUACGUCGCCGCACUGAUGAACUCAGAGCAGCUUUUCGCGGAUCUGUGCACGAUCAACUUUCGUAAGUAUGACACCAACAAAGACGGGCGUCUCCAGAUGAAGGAGGCUACGAAGCUCUGCCAAGACUUACACUUGAGCAUGGGCAUGUUCCUUGAUGACGAGGACAUCAAGGCGGCCAUUGAGCUCACAAAGGACUUCGCUGGAGGAGACAAAGACUCUCUUUCUGAGGAGGAGUUCGCGCGCUGGUUCCGGGAGCUCCUGAAGGAGAGUAUCACUGGCCGCAUUCAGAAGGUUGCGCGGACAUCGCCGCCAGCACUGCUGAGUGUCACAGUGAAGUCCAUGGCCGGAACUGAGAGGGUCGUCGAGGUCCCGCGUGACUCUGAUGUGUCAACCCUUGCAGAAGCUGCGGCUGCCGCAAUGGAUCUGCCCUAUGCGCAGACGAGGAUCUCAGUGAAUGGGCAGGUUGUGCCAGACAAAACACUGCUGUCAAGCCUCGAGUUGGAUCUUUCUUCUGACCCUGAAGUUAUCGCGGUCGUGAUGAACAAACUCAAGGUCCGACGUCAUGUAUACAAAGCGCGGGGUGGCGCACCCCCUCACCGUGGCUAUCACCUGGUGGCCACGGAUGAGAUCGACCUGGCUCCGAACGCCAAGAUCUCAGAGCAAAUGGAAGUUCUGGUACCCCCAGAUGGAAUUUCGCGACGAAUGCCGGAUCAUUACUCGAUGCAGGCUUUCCAGGCAUCUCCAAAUGAGCAAGCACCCCGGAAAUGGGAAGGCGGCAUGAACGAGGUAGAUCUCGAUCCGAGCCAGACUGCCGAAGAAAUAUUCGGGACCUUGCAAAAUGCUGAGACCCCAGACAAGAGCUGCAUGCCAGUUAGGCGCAGGUUGAUGUCCAUGUUGCGGCGAAGCCUAGUUUCUGCGCGAAUCGUGGCCAACUCAGCCCAGAUCCUUUCGAAUCGUGGGUUCUCAACUCGGGAGUUGAUCGCCAUUACCGACGUGAGGAAGGGUAUGAUGAUAAAGAUCGAGGAGAAAUAUUGCGAGGUGAAGGAGUGGCAUCCUCACAAACAGGGCCGAGGAGCGGCAGCUUACAACGUUACCUACGAUGAGCUGGACACAGGCAAGGAGAGGCUGCACAAAUUUACGUCCUCCGGUAAAGUCUUCAAGAUAGAGCCAGACCGAGAAGAGUGCCAAGUCCUGUACACGAAAGGCUCAGGGAAGGAGGAGAAAAUCGUGGUGCUGGCAGAUGAUGAGUACAAUGAGGUGGAAGUCCCUCUUGCUCGUUUUCAGGGCCACUCCAGUGUGCCGGAUGGUGCAACAGCUUUGCUCUACAAGGAUGACGGCGAAAUCAUAAAAAUCAUCGUGAAGCAGUAG